AUGUCGUCUUAUGGUAGAAGCUUCGUCGUCGUAGUACUAACAUUGUUCUGUCUCUUUCUAACUCAAGCCUAUGGUCUACGUAAGGUGAAGCCAAUCGAUGAUGUCCAGCCAAAGAAAACCCUAGCGGUUCACAACCAGAUUCGAGCUGCGGUCGGGGUGGCUCCACUGGUGUGGAACGAAACCGUUGCGGCCUAUGCACAGAGGUACGCAAACAAACAAGCCAGAGCUGGAAUCUGCCAGUUCAGCGACAUGAGACAUUCUGGUGGACCAUACGGAGAAAACAUAGCCGCGGGUUGGGUCCAGCCUAAGGACCAAAUGAGCGGUCCGAUCGCGGCUAAGUUCUGGUUGACGGAGAAGCCAAACUACGAUCAUGCCACCAACAAGUGCAAAGAUGUUUGCGGGCACUACACUCAGAUGGUGGCCAAUCAAUCGUCCAGUCUCGGUUGUGGCUCGUUCAGGUGUCAUGAUAAUGAGCUGAUUUGGAUUGUAUGUGAUUAUUAUCCUAUGCCUGUUGGUGAUGCCAACACGCGUCCUUAUUGA